CAGGCUUCGAACGAGGCUCAAUUCUACACAUUUGAGGCGUUGGAUAUUGAUGGGAAUAAUGUUUCCAUGGAAAAGUAUAGGGGCAACGUGGUUAUCGUCGUAAACGUCAAGAACUAUGCUCAGCUGCAGGAUUUGUAUACCCAAUAUGGCAGCCAGGGCCUCAGAAUUCUUGCCUUCCCCUGUAACCAAUUCCGUAAUCAGGAACCGGGAACGAAUGCUGAGAUCAAGGAAGCUGCCAGAAAUAAGUAUGGGCUUACUUUCGACUUCUUCAGCAAAGUCGAUGUCAACGGUUCCAAUGCCUUGCCGCUCUUCACUUACCUCCGAAACACUCUUAAGGGGACGAUCACCAAUAGUAUUAAGUGGAACUUCACGAAGUUCCUCAUUGACCGAAAUGGAGUCCCGUACAAGCGCUACUCUCCGACAACUGAUCCCAAGGUAAUGCAGUGCACAAGGAUGUAA